AUGUACGAAGGUUCCGUAAAUAAAGUACAUACUUUUUUAAAAUUUGAUUACAGGAAUUCAGCUACUUUAGUUGUGACAUUAAAAAUACCCAGAAAGACUCGUAAUAAUGGAACCUUAUUCAUGCAUGCAGUUUUACUCGAUGAAAACAGGCUCUAUGAUAACUUUAUUGACAUAUUCAGUACAGAAUCUGUACAUACUUUACCUUUAGUGACUCAUAUUGAACCUCAAGCUGCAACUUUUAACCUUCUACAAUCUCAUAAUAAUGAAGAUAGUGUACAACAAGAAAAACAUUUAAGACCAUAUGCACAUAUAUUUACUAAAGCACCAUUGUCUAUUUUAACUGAUAACUUGAACCUACCUAUUAAGAAAAUUCCUGAUGAGCUUUAUCAUUACAUGAGAAUCCGUAAUGAAAAAUUUCUUCCAAUCAUUCAGCAUAAUGUUUUGAAAUCACGCAUAUCUGAUUUGCAAUUAUUGAACAGUAGCACAUCUGAAGUGAAUGUUACUGUGGAAGUGUCGCCAGCAUCAUAUGGAUCAUUGCGACUGGCAUUACAUGUGCGACUAGCAUUGCAACAAUUGCAUGGCCUGGGAUUUAGCGAUAAAGAUGUGGAUGAUGUAAAAGGAAUUUUUGCAGAUACCAACCUCUAUUUACUAUCCGCAACUGUUCUUAUUGCUAGUUUUCAUUUGCUUUUUGACUUCCUGGCGUUCAAGAAUGACGUGUCUUUCUGGCGCGGUAAGAAGUCUCUCGCAGGCCUGUCGACUCGCACAGUGCUUUGGCGAGCGUUCUCUCAAUUCGUUAUCUUCUUCUAUCUGAUGGAUCAGCAGACGUCGCUUCUGGUGUUGGUUCCGGCUGGAAUUAGCGCUGGUAUAGAGCUAUGGAAGGGGACGAAGGUGCUGCACGUGGAGGUGUCGUGGCGCGGGUGCCGGGCGCGCGCGCGCGCGGGCGGCGCGGCGGAGCGCUGCACGGCGCGCGCGGACGCCGAGGCCAUGCACUACCUGGCGCUGCUGCUGUACCCGCUGUGCGCGGUCGGCGCCGUCUACUCGCUGCUGUACGAGCCGCACAAGAGUUGGUACUCAUGGGCGCUAAACAGUAUCGUGAACGGCGUGUACGCGUUCGGUUUCCUGUUCAUGUUGCCGCAGCUGUUCGUGAACUACCGGCUGCGGUCGGUGGCGGCGCUGCCGUGGCGCGCCUUCAUGUACAAGGCCUUCAACACGUUCAUAGACGACGUGUUCGCCUUCGUCAUCACCAUGCCCACCGCCCACCGCGUGGCCUGCUUCCGAGACGAUCUGGUCUUCUUGGUUUAUUUGUAUCAGAGAUGGCUAUAUCCCGUAGACAAAUCUCGCACUGAUACUGCGUCAAGUAUGGAGGAGAACCCGGAUGAGAUGGAGCCCCUCAAAAAUAAGGACGAC